UAUCCUAUAUAUUACAUACAUACAUAUAUAUAUAUAUGUGUGUGUGUGUGUGUGUGUAUAUCGUAUAUAUAAUCCCAUCAACACACAACUCAAUAUUCCCAUGCAUAAUAGCAUUACACAACACAAAAACACCUGAUCACACUUCCAUGGCUGCUGCUAUAGUUUCUAAUUCCAAACCCCACAGCCACAAAUGGUUCGCACCCAGCAACUUCAAACUAGUCCUCCCUCACUUUGGUUCAAAAUCCAAACCCCAAGUUCCCUCUACUGCAACCAAAAUCCGCUCUAUACAAGAAGACUACCAAAAAGUAUUUCGUCACUUUGAUGCCAACGGAGACGGGAAGAUUUCGAGCGAGGAGCUUUGCACUUACUUUGCCUCCAUAGGAGACUCCAUGUCCUCCGAGGAGGCUCAGAUUGCGGUGACUGAGUUCGAUGGCAAUGGCGAUAACUUCUUGGCGUUUAAAGAUUUUGUGAGGCUAAUGGAGCGAGACCAAGGCGAGGCAAACGAUGAUUUGAAACGGGCUUUUCAGAUGUUUGAGGCUGAUAAAGGCUGUGGAUGCAUAACCCCGAAAGGGCUGCAAAGGAUGCUUAAUCGGCUUGGAGAUGCCAAAUCAUAUCAAGAGUGUAUUUCCAUGAUUAGGGUCUUUGAUCUUGAUGGAAAUGGUGUCCUUGAUUUCCAUGAAUUCCUCCAUAUGAUGACUUCAAAUUGAUGAUUCUCUGCUUGCAUAUACAAAUUCUUUCUUGAUAUUCAAAUAUUUCUUUUUUUUUUGGUGUCUGUACAAUUUCUUUGUCGUUUUGGAAAAUUAGAUAUUUCGGCUUAAUCAAUAAAAUUGGAAUUUUGUGUUGUGUUGCCCACAGAUUUAUCUUUCUCUGUUUUGUUUCUCUGCGUUCUCCGCAUAUUUUUCUUUGUUUUGUUUCUUGCUUUUUUCCUUUGCUGGGAGCUAUACAUACAUGCUGUGGGAAAAUCAAUAAUGGCAUUACAACGAAAAACCAUAGAACCAGCACCACUAAAACCUGCUUUAUACUGAAUGAAUAUUCUGUGCACUGUCAAUCGAAUCAGUUGAAAAAAAAAAAAAAAAAA